AUGCGAUUUCCCCUUCAGCCGUCGCUUGGGACAGUGUUGGCAAUCCUGACUUGUCUUCAAGCGUUUGGAGUAUACAUUUAUCUGAAGGGAUUUCUUUUAACACGACAGACAUUGAAUAUACGUGGACAUUCACGUACCUCCUGGGACCGUUUCCCUCUCUCAUCUGCCUCAUCACCGACCGUGCUUCCUUCUAUUCCAUCUGGAUAUGCAUUUAAUCGAACCAUCAUCAUCGUCAUUGACGCAUUACGCUUUGAUUUUUCAGUACAUAGCAGCCACACGGAUCAUUACCUCAACAAGCUCCCUGUGAUUCAACGACUCUUGGAUACUCAACCUCAGUCGUCGCUUUUAUUUCAAUUCCGUGCUGAUCCACCUACGACGACGAUGCAGCGCAUCAAGGGGUUGAUGACAGGAUCAUUGCCUACUUUUAUCGAUGUCGGUUCUAAUUUUGCUUCAUCUGAGGUACAAGAGGAUCACCUUUUGCAUCACGUCAAACAGCGCUACAAUAAUAUUUACUUUAUGGGAGACGAUACCUGGGUCCACUUGUAUCCGGAUGUCUUUGAUCAACCCGACCGUACAUUUGACAGCGACAGCUUCAAGAUGCUUGACCUCGAUUCAGUGGACGAUUCGAUCUUGUCUCACCUUUGGCCCCUGAUGGACAGUGAUAAUUGGGAACUCGCGAUCGCUCACUUUUUAGGGGUCGACCAUUGUGGACAUACCUAUGGUCCGUCUCACCCCAACAUGGCAAGAAAACUCGACCAGAUGAACACGGUGAUUGAAAGGAUUUUGGGUCAAGUCGAUAACAAUACCUUGUUUAUCCUCAUGGGCGACCAUGGCAUGUCUCCCGAGGGAGAUCACGGGGGAGAAAGCUUGGAAGAGCUCAUGAGUACUUUGUUUAUUCAUUCUGGAAGACCAUUGGGUUUAGGCUCACAUCCUGAGCCACAGGAAAAUACCUAUCCUGUUGUAGCUCAAGUGAAUCUCGUGCCUACACUAUCGUACCUUUUACAAGUCCCUAUACCCUUUGGAAACCUUGGUGCUAUCAUACCUGACCUAUUGCUACCUGACAAACCAUCAGACAAUAAGAUAUACAAUCUACUUCAUAUUGUUGGACAGUUUCGAAUCAAUGCUCUACAAGUAUAUGAUUACAUCAUCCAUUACUCUCAGCAAACGAAGCAACCGGAUUUUUCAACUACACAAUUAGGACCUAUCCUCAAGCAUUUAUACGACGCUGAUAAUAUCAUGUUUGAACUUGCGCUGUUUGAAUAUGAUGCGUUCUUGAUUGGCACAAUUCAAUACUGUGAAUCGAUCUGGGCCCAGUUUGAUGCAGGAUCCAUGCUAUUGGGAAUAGCCCUCUUGGGGCUCUCUGUUAUUGUAUCCAUGCUGUCUAUGAACAUUGAGAUCACACGCAACCGUUUGCUCUAUUCUACUCUAUUUAUGGUUCCUGUCUUGUUUGCGCUUCAGCCCUUCACCAUAACGUUAUGGCAGCAUGGAUGGUUUGAGAAGAUGAGCUAUACAGAUUGGCUAGGUGUUUUGUUUUCGUUCUAUGUAUGCUGUCUUUUCUCUUCAGUAACUUGCUUAAAGACAAAUCCACUGUCUUUGGAUUGGGGCCUUACAUUUAUUAUUAGCCUUGCACAGUCCUUUACUCUAGGCUCCAAUAGCUACGUUGUUUGGGAGGAUGCGAGUGUAAGAUAUGUGUUGUCUGCUCUGUCGAUUCUAUGGUUUACCAGAAACUGUUUAUCUACAAGACAUGAUCCCAAUCUGGCUAUGGUUGUCCAAGCAGCAAAAGAACCAUUGUUGUUUCUGACCGUCGUACGAUUGACAAGUGCGACAGGUCAAUGCCGCGAAGAACAGUUCCCAUACUGUCAAUACCUUCAUCACGACUUUUUAUCAUAUGACAGUUACUCGGCAACCCUUGUCUCAAUCAGUUUUAUUGUCACAGUCAUUCUUGUCCUAUUUUACUCGUCUCUACUGCUGAAGCGUAGUGUAGGCAAAGACAGGAUACCACAUAGCGUCUAUCAGUUGUGUGGUAUGAUUGUGGCUAUCAGAAUGAUUGUCGAGAUUCAUCAGAGUUCAACGGAAACUGCUACUGGCUGGAUGAUGGUUCCAGUGGUGGUUCGAAAGAUACUCGAUGUUUACUUGCCACGUCUUGUCUAUGCUCUGUGUGUAUUCAUCUCUGCCUAUGUGGUUCAUCAAAGAUCUUGUUACAGCAAGCCGCAACAAGGCUGGGUAUUACUGUUCAUAUGGAGUACGAUGCUGGCCAUGCUCCAACGACCGCUCGCAAGCUUGAUCAUUCUUCUUUCUCCUUGGGUAGUCCGUCUAUUAUUUAAUGGUGAUCAAACAAGCUUGUUACUAAGAUUGACUCUCUUGCAGUUCUUUGGACAUCACCUCUUCUUUGUCACAGGUCACCAAGCGACGUUUACUUCUCUACCAUGGAAGGCAGCAUUUGUAGGAUUUGAUGACAUGAAUUACUAUGGUGGUAUGGUCUUGGUGACACUUUCGACUUUGGCAGGGUAUAUCAUCUCUUGGAUAGGUUGGCUCGUUCUCUUGUCAAAGGAAGCAUCCAAACGGGAUAUCAAGCAAUCUCUCUUUCUUUUGAUACUCAUGCAAGCUGUCCCGACUUUUCUGUGUGCUAUAUUUGUAUUUAUUUUAAGACGGCAUUUAAUGACCUGGAAGAUAUUCGCUCCCCGUUUCUUAUUUCAGAUUUUGUUAGAUAUUGGUGCACACUUGGCAACCAAUGUGUUGGAAAGAAUGUCUGCAUAA